CCAGACUGUCUUUGGGGGCUGGGGGGGUUCCCCAUCCUCCUGGGGUGACCACAGCCAGGUCCUGACCCACCCCCAGCCCCUGGGGCACCCCGGGGUGCUUAGAGGGGGGCAGCUCAGAGCAGCCCCCCGGCACCGGGACCCCCCCAAGGGUGCAGGGUGAGGCAGGGCCCCCCCAGGGGGGGCGAGGCGGUGGCGGCGGCGGGCGCUUUGCAGCCGGCCUGGCCCUGCCUCCCCCGGCUUGGCUUUGCACACGAGUCCCCGGCGCUUUCACACGGCCGCCACCGAGGCCACCGACUGCCACCGGCUGCCACCAGCGCCCGCCACGCACCCACCGGGGUCACCGGCCCCGAUCCUGACCCCAACCCCAACCCCGACCCCGAUGGCAGCCGGCGAGGAGAAGCGGCACUUGCUGACCGAGGGCGCAGCGGGGUCCUACCUGGGGACGGUGCAGGAGGACGGGCACAGCUCGCUGCGGGGCCAGGCGCCCGCCCUGGAGCUGGGCACGCGGCGCCACCGCCACUGCCACGCGUUGGGGGCUGCCGACCACCCCGGGCAGCAGCAGCGGGCGCGCAGGAAGCUCUACGUGGCCGCCGGCAUCUGCCUCGUCUUCAUGCUGGGGGAAGCCGUGGGCGGGUACCUGGCGCACAGCCUGGCCAUCCUGACGGAUGCCGCCCACCUCCUGACCGACUUCGCCAGCGUCAUGAUCAGCCUCUUCGCCCUCUGGGUGUCCUCCCGCCCCGCCACCAAAACCAUGAAUUUCGGCUGGCACCGAGCAGAGAUCCUGGGGGCCCUGCUGUCCGUGCUCUCCAUCUGGGUGGUGACGGGGGUCCUGGUGUACCUGGCGGCCCAGCGCCUGCUCUCGGCCGACUACGAGAUCGAGGGCGGCGUCAUGCUCAUCACCUCCGCCUGCGCCGUGGCCGUCAACAUCGUGAUGGGGGUGGCUCUGCACCAGACAGGGCACGGGCACGGGCACGGAGAGCCGGGCGAGCAGCCCAACGCCAGCGUCCGCGCCGCCUUCGUCCACGUGGUGGGGGACCUGCUGCAGAGCGUCGGCGUCCUCGUGGCGUCCUACAUCAUCUUCUUUAAGCCCGAGUACAAGUUCGUGGAUCCCAUCUGCACCUUCCUCUUCUCCGCCCUGGUGCUGGGGACAACGCUCACCAUCCUCCGCGACGUCCUUCUCGUCCUCAUGGAGGGCACCCCCAGGGGCAUGGACUUCAACGCCGUGCGGGAGACGCUGCUGGCGGUGGGCGGCGUGGAGGCCGUGCACAGCCUCCACAUCUGGGCGCUGACGGCAGCGCAGCCACUGCUCUCGGUGCACAUCGCCAUCAACGCCGGCGCCAACGCGCAGGAGGUGCUGGAGGAGGCCAGCUCGCGGCUGCAGCGCGCCUUCCGCUUCCACACCACCACCAUCCAGAUCGAGAGCUACUCCGAGGACAUGCGGGACUGCCGCGAGUGCCAGCCCCCCCGCGACUGAGCCCCCUGAGCCCUGGCACCCCCGUCCUGCUCCCACGAACUUUUAGCAGGAGGCAAUAAAGCAGAGCAAAGCGAGUGCCCCACCAGGGGACGGCCCCGCCGACGGGCGACCUUGUGCCUGCGGGGUUUGGUCUGCGGGCGACGGGACCAAGGACGGGGCCAGGGCUGUGGAGAAGGGCGGCACGGGGGGGGGGACCUUGGUUUUCACAGUUUCAGAGCAGCCAGGAAAAGCAGCUGAAAUAUCCCUUUUAUUUCGCUUUGGGGGAAAAAAAGGGGGUGGAAGGGUGCCUGGGGAGGAGCCCCUGGGUGCUUGGGUCCAUCCCAGCCUGGGGAGGGAGGGAGGGCGGAGGGAGGACGCUUGCCCUGCUCUCACCUCUUAUCGCUCCCCUGUUUGCUUUUGGGAAGCUCAAGCACUCGCUGUCCCCUCCCUGCUGCUCGCGGGGUGGGGACGGUGCACGAAACAAUCGCAGGGACAUGGGCACCUCUGCAGCACCCGGCGGGGACACUGCUGGUGUGGGGCAGCCCCAAACGCAGCCUCCUGGGCGCUGCCACUGCCUGGGGACCG